CUGCUUUAUUGACUAACUGAUGUUUUCUUGUUUCUGUUUCAGCAUUCAGGAUCAUUCCUUCAACAAUACAGCUUUAGCAGAGUGUGACGAGGAUACAGAGUCUGUACAUGAAGACCAAGCAGCAAACUCCAUCCACAGAGAUGAAAACAACAAAGAAAACUAUCCCAACAACACUACAGUCUUAGAGGACAGCCAGCCAGCAUUACGAGAUACCCAGCAGCACGUGGAACAGACAGCUCAUGACUGCACACUACGGGUUGGAAUGGGCAACUUAAAAUUAAGAAAGCCCAAAUCCAUUGCAAAACUAGAAAAUGGGAAAAACCAUGAAGAAAGUCAGGAGAUGGAGAAUGCAUUGCCAGGAUUCUCAGAAUGUCAGGGGAAAACAGGAAUGUCCGCUAAUGACUACACCCAGAAUGUGGCUUUCAGAUGCCAGGAAACAGUCGUGAGACUUCAACCAAGAAUAGAUCAGUGCGCAUUUCUUUCACCAAAGGAACCUACUGAACAACUGCAGAAUUUAAAUGAGGAAGAAACUCCUCAGCUGCAGGCUUUCAAGGAUCCUCCAGCCCCUUCAUCAAUUCAAUCCAGUGUGCAAACUGAUGGGGCUAGUUGUGGAGAGCAAUGUCACUUCAUUUCUCCUAUUAUUGAUUUUAAUUUAAUGCAUCAGCAGAGAGAUAGUGAAGAGCCUGUACCAGCCCAUAGAGACUGGCAGAGUGACGCAGACAACGGCCCAGAAGACCAUCACUCCUUAGGGACCAGUAGACUACUAUAUCAUAUUACUGAUGGAGAUAAUCCCCUUCUGUCACCACGCUGCUCAAUCUUUAGUCAAAGCCAGAGAUUUAAUUUAGACACAGAGUCGGCCCCUUCCCCACCAAGUGCUCAACCUUUCAUGAUGCCCAGAAGUUCUUCCAGGUGUAAUUGUGAGGACUGCAAAGAACCGCAGACAGUAAUGCAACUUACCAAACAUCUUCAAAGUCUCAAGAGAAAAAUCAGGAAGUUUGAAGAAAAGUUUGAACAAGAAAAAAAAUAUCGGCCUUCACAUGGUGACAAAACUUCCAAUCCUGAAGUCCUGAAAUGGAUGAAUGACUUGGCUAAAGGUCGUAAACAGCUCAAAGAGCUUAAACUCAAAAUGUCAGAAGAGCAAAAUUGUACCCCUAAAGCACCCAAAAGAAUUGUGCAGCAUGAGAGCACUGGAAUAUACAAGGAGACCAGGAAGCAAGAAGCAGCAAGUACUGAACCAAAUCCAUCCAUCGAAGAAACCAUGGAUACCGUAAUGAAGCGAUUAAAGGAGAAACGACAACAGCUUAACCUCCCUGAGACUAUAAAGGAUAUGACAAAAAAGCAAAUGGCUUUGGAAAAAAUCAGUCUUCAGAAAUGUCUGCUAUAUUUUGAGAAUAUUCAUGGACGACCUGUAACUAAACAAGAGAGGAGUAUUAUGAAGCCUCUUUAUGACAGAUACAGAAUUAUCAAGCAACUUCUCUCAACACCAUCUUUGAUUACAACAAUUCAGGAGGAAGAAGAUUCAGAUGAAGACCAUUCUCAAAGCAGCCAUGAAUCAUCAUCCAGUCCGGCAUCUAACCUUCCUGUAGAUGACCAUCUUUAUUGCUCAGAUGAGGAGAAUGAGCCUGCAAUUGUUUCACCUCUGGAUGAAAAAAAGGCAAUCAAACAAUCAGCCCUAUCUCUGUCCAAUUUACAUGAGGCCACAAUGCCUGUGCUACUUGAACAUCUCAGAGAAACAAGAGCUGACAAGAAAAGGCUUCGCAAAGCUCUGAGAGAAUUUGAGGAACAGUUCUUUAAACAAACAGGAAGGAGUCCGCAAAAGGAAGAUCGCAUCCCCAUGGCUGAAGAGUACUCUGAAUAUAAGCACACAAAAGCCAAACUCAGGCUCUUAGAGGUUCUCAUCAGUAAGCACGACGUCUCUAAAACAAUUUGAAGUCAA